GCCUUCUGUUAGUGCGACGACUCGGCCAUUCCAACCUCCUCCCGCUCCGCUCUUUAGCUGUCUCUCUCUCUCUCUCUCUCUCUCUCUCUCUAUUCGUAUAUUUCAUCGUUGAUUCUAUAAUUGUCAUCUUCUUCGCCUUUUCUCUUUGUCUUCAACAAAUGGAUACUCACUUCUGAGUGACAUCAUUUAUGAUACAGAUAAAGCAAAAUUGAGGAAUGCAAUUUCUAGGCGAUUGGCUAGGUUAAGUGUCUGCUUGAGACAUGUCAUUGUAGCUGUCCUUACAGGAGGAGAAAAUUUUUACAAUGGCUUCAAGAGCAAUAUUGCAAAGGAAGAGGUAUCUCUUCAAUUCUCUGAAUUUUCCCACUUGCUCAGUUAGAGGUUUUUCAAGUUUUGAGCAUGGGGCAUCAUCUCAGCCUAAUGAAUCACGGGGUUUCAUCUGGGCUACUAGCAUCCCACAAUCAAAUACUGAUCCAAGAAGGAAAGGGUAUUUUCUUUCUUUAUCCAAAGAGGAAUUAUCAAGCUUUUCAUCUUUAGGAGUCCUUAGGCAUAACAUUUGUGGGAUUUCAACUCUGGGCUGUGGAAUUAGAAGAACGGAUUUUAUUUCGCUUCCGGGAACUGGGUGUGUGUCACAAUAUAUACGCUAUAUUUCCACAUUGACGGCAGGACAACCAAAAUUGGAUGGUGGUAAUAAUGAAAACGAAGAACAGGUUGCUAAACCAAAAAAGGAAGCCUCACCGGAGGAAUGUGACCAAGCCGUUGAAGGUUUAAGUACAGUGAAAGCCAAAGCAAAAGCUAAGCAGUUGCAAGAAUCCCAAAUGGGUGUUAAAUAUGUAAUAAAGAGAGUAUGGGCUAUGCUUUUGGGGAUUGGUCCUGCUUUAAGAGCUGUUGCUUCUAUGAGCAGGGAGGACUGGGCUAAGAAGCUUAGCCAUUGGAAAGAUGAAUUUAAAUCUACAAUGCAACACUAUUGGCUGGGUACAAAACUACUCUGGGCUGAUGUUAGGAUAAGCUUGAGGUUAUUGUUGAAACUUGCUGGUGGGAAGAGUCUUUCUAGGAGGGAGAGGCAACAACUUACGCGAACUACAGCUGAUAUUUUCAGGCUAGUUCCUUUUGCAGUUUUUAUUAUAGUUCCAUUCAUGGAGUUUUUGCUGCCAGUAUUCCUGAAAUUGUUUCCAAACAUGUUGCCAUCAACCUUCCAGGACAAGAUGAAAGAACAGGAAGCACUGAAAAGGAAGCUAAAUGCAAGAAUAGAAUAUGCCAAGUUUCUUCAGGAUACAGUAAAAGAAAUGGCAAAGGAAGUUCAGAACUCACACAGUGGUGAAAUUAAGAAAACGGCAGAAGAUCUUGAUCAAUUUAUGAACAAGGUUAGAACGGGUGCUGGUGUUUCUAAUGAUGAAAUUUUAGGCUUUGCCAAGUUGUUCAAUGAUGAGCUUACUCUGGAUAAUAUCAGCAGGCCUCGGUUGGUAAAUAUGUGCAAGUAUAUGGGUAUCAGCCCAUAUGGAACUGAUGCGUAUUUGCGUUAUAUGCUUCGGAAAAGACUUCAAUGGAUCAAGAAUGAUGACAGGAUGAUUCAAGCAGAGGGCGUGGAGUCCCUUUCAGAAGCAGAGCUUCGCCAAGCCUGUAGAGAUCGAGGCUUACUUGGUUUACUUUCAGUGGAAGAGAUGCGGCAGCAGUUGCGAGACUGGCUAGAUUUGUCUCUCAAUCACGCUGUGCCAUCCUCUCUUUUGAUUCUUUCCAGAGCCUUCACUGUGUCUGGAAAAAUGAAGCCGGAGGAAGCUGUUCAAGCUACCUUAUCCUCUUUGCCAGAUGAGGUUGUGGAUACUGUUGGGGUGACAACUUUGCCAUCCGAAGAUUCUGUUUCUGAAAGGAGGAGGAAGUUGGAGUUCCUAGAAAUGCAAGAAGAAUUGAUUAAGGAAGAAGAAGAGAAAGAGGAAGAGGUGCAGGCACGGAUAAAGGAAUCCACUGUUAACCAAAAGGAUGUGGCUUUGGAAGAGAUGACUAUUCCAACGGCAAGAGAAGCACAAGAACAGGCAGAAGCAAAAACUUUGGAAAAACAGCAGCAGAUUUGUGAGCUUAGUCGUGCGUUGGUUGUUUUAGCUUCUGCAUCAUCAGUCAGCUGGGAGCGUGAAGCGUUCUUAAGACUUGUCAAUAAGGAGAUAGAGCUGUACAAUCACAUGGUUGAGAAAGAGGGUACAGAAGAUGAAGAAGAGGCUAGGGAGGCUUAUAGAGCUGCCAGGAAGGACAGUGACCAUGCUGUUGAGAUGGCUGUUGCUGACAAAGCUUCUUCUGCUCUCAUUGACAGGGUUGAUGCUAUGCUCCAAAAGCUUGAAAAGGAAAUUGAUGAUGUAGAUGCCAAAAUUGGAGACCGUUGGCGGUUACUCGACCGAGAUUAUGAUGGCAAAGUCACUCCCGAGGAGGUAGCAUCAGCAACUAUGUACCUCAAGGACACCUUGGGCAAGGACGGUAUCCAAGAACUUAUCAGCAACCUUUCCAAAGAUAAAGAAGGAAAAAUCCGCGUUGAAGACAUCAUCAAAUUAGGCAGUGAAAGGGAAGAUGAUAAUUCAGAUGAACCAGGAAGAGUAUAGAGGAGGGUACAAGCCUCGAUUUUUAGACCCUCUUAUGAGAUUUUUCUGAUUGACCCCACUGCUUAGCAAACUGGUAAGGGUGUUUAUUACAGUGAGUUUUGCAUGGCCAUUUUGGAUGAAGUCCAGCUUCAUUUUCUUCUUAGAUGAUGCUUGCUUGGGAGCUCUUCCACAUAAAAGGAUUAUUCUUUCGUACAAGCAGAUAACAUGGAUGCUUUUCUUUUUUUUUUUUCCUUUUUAAAAAUUAAUGUUGUAGAAGAGAAAAAUCUAAUGUAUAUGCAGAUUGCAGUGUAAAAGAUUUUUGUUUUGGCUCUGCAAUUACAAUCACAUUUCUUGUAUAGAAAAUAGAUGGUAUGAAAUCCACUAAGAAUGGCUUGAUCUAGUAUGAAAACCUUCAAUUCAUUCUAUGAAAGCUAUGAAAAGAAAAUUUGUGAUGGCA